AUGGGAAGCGAUGAUGUCGCUGGCACCUUACUGUCGCAGGAGCUGCUCGAGGGCCAGCUCGGGCAGAUCGACCUGCUCAUAGCCAUGUACCCUGUAGAAGGGAGCGUGACUAUGAGCGACUUUGCAAGGGCCAACCUAGAGCGUCUUCGAGAAACGGUUGUCGCAGAGUCUUCAUCUAUUCGGCACUCAGAACUGCAUGACAUCGAUUUGUUCCUAGAAUUGGAGAUUGCCGGUGACAGAGACGAUGCCCCUACGAGAGUCGCACAACUCAGUAUCGCCAUUCCAUUACAACACCAAGGACACAUCACUGAAGAGGCACCGCCAGCCCGAGUAAGGCUUCAACAGCCAUCAUGGAUGAGCAAAGCAGAAGUCAACCACUUAAUGAGCGAGCUGUCUAGUAACGGGGACCUCUUUACGACCAUUGACGACAUUACCUCAGCAGCUUCCACAUACCUUUCGCAAGUCUCGACGCAGGAAGCCGGUGUCACCUCACAACCACGCACCGAGGCCCUUACACGCGUUUGGUUCUACUUUCCGUCCAUCAGCACGCGGGCAAAGCGCGAUGAUUUGGUGAACCACGCGCCGUCGUACGGGCUCACUGGAUUUCUGUUGGCCGGCAAGCCCGGUAUUCUAUGUCUCGAGGGCGGCUCGCAGGCCGUCGACGACUACAUGAAGUUUAUCAAGACGGAGAGCUGGGGCGACAUCCCCGCGCAUCACAAAAAGGUCAGCGAGCGGUACCGGCAGCCGGGACUGGAUGCGAGAGCGUUCGCCGAUAUGCAGGAGAUCACGGGCGAGCUGGAGAGACGGGGGGAGAGGGCCAACAGGAACGACAUGAGGGCUCUUGAAGCCUGGCUCGGUCGAGGACGAACGAUUAUUGUGCAAAAACCCAUUCUUAUUUCCAAUUGA